AUGUCUCAUAUGGCUCCUCAUUCUGGAGGCGCUGUCCCAGCUAAGCGCCACAGCCGAGCCAACGCUGAUGAGCCUGACGAUCUUUUCCCUGAUAUCCCGGAAGCCAAGAAGCGAAAGUUUAUCCUUGUCGAAGAUAAUGUGCGUGGAUCUCGCCUCCGUGUCAGGGUAACCCUCGAGGGGGUUGAUACCAAUGAGAUCCCGGAUAGCUUCCGCAAGGGUGCAAGUGUCUUCCCUCGCAGCUACUUCCCACGAGAGAUGCAGAGUCCCCCUCCCAGCGCGACUGGAUCGCGCUUCUUUGGUGAUGACCAAGACGACGAUGGCAUCGAGGAAACUGAGGGCCGCGAGUCCAGCCGUCGUGGGGCUAACAGGAGUGGCAAGGAGAUGGUCAAGGUUCCCAUGGGUGAGUCCACCGGGGAAAUUGCUAUCCCCCGAAUGAGGAAGUCCAUCCGAGGCAGGGAAGUCCGCCUUAAUGACUUGGGUUAUCGCAUGGCCUGGCUCCAAAGCCGAGUCUUUGCUGGCCGAACUGUCUUUUUGCAACGAGCAUUGGAUUGUUACCGCAACAAAACCCGAGCUGCCAUUGAGAGCGUUAUGCAAGAUGUUAAGACUGUUGCUCCUCACUAUGAGACUCGCGCCGGCAAGAGGCGAUGGAACGAACGUAUGCGACGUGGAGAGAAGAAGGACGACGAGUAAACCCCAUCGACUUUCUGUUUGAUCUCGUGUCAUCGACAAACAAGAAACCGAAACAUUGCCCUUUUUGUUUUUGUUUAAACCGCACCACUUGCAGCAUCGAUAUUAGAGAUUGGUUCUCAUUGCUUGUCUGAUAUUCAACGAUACCAUUCUGCGACCGGAUCUAAUUGGGUAUACAAUCUUCUUUUUAUUACCCCAAUCUUGGUCCUUUCCUGCCUCACUUGUAAUGCUGUCGUUAUUGCAUACAAGUUUUCUUUUUCAGUGUACGCCAGUCAGUUUCUCAGAAGGGUUUAUUUUUUGCACAUCGAGUGCUCCGGCAUGCAAAACACCCAGCGACUCCUGUAUAUUAAUGUUGGAACGGGAGUGAUGCGGGCUUCAUGGAGUCAGAGACGUACAUACCUUUUGCUUCCGAUUUUAACAUCGAAGUGGCAAUUUAUAAAAGCGGCCUCCCAGUAACAGCUGGUGCAGCCUGUGGAUGGGGUAAUCACAUAUGGGAGCGUCAAGGGUCGAAAUAGGGAAGGGGCUUGUUUUUUUGGUAUUUGGUCUAAAGCUACCGAGUGGCUAUCUCUUGUCCUAAUGCCAUGUAUUUAUUG